AAGAAGAAAGAAGAAAAUCAUGCACUCAGUAAGGGAGAAAGUAAGCAAUGCAGCUGCCGCUGGCAAAGAGCACGUUGACAUCCUCAAAGCCAAAGCCGAAGAAAAGGCUGAGAAAGCAGUAGCAAGGACAAGGGAAGGAAAAAGGAUAGCGGAAGAGGUGAGAAAAGCAAAAGAAGCAGAAGCAAAGAUGGAGCUGCAUCAAGCGAAAGCACGUCAUGCCGCAGAGACGUUGCAAUCGAAGCAAUCUCAUCUUGGCGGAAUUAUAGGGCCUCACACCCACCAUCAUGGUACUCAUGAUACGGUUGGUGCUCAUCAAGGCCAACAAAAUCCAGUAGUGGGUACUACCGUUCCAACUACUGCUACUCAUGUUGCUCCUACGUAUCCUCUAGGAGGCCGUUAAACUCCUUCAUAUGGACAUAUCUAAUAUUAUAGCUAGCUAGCAGCUUGUUGUAAUAGUGCUUUGAUGUUAUAGUUGUUGAUUAGUAUGUAAUUUCUCACUUCUUCGUAUUAAUGCUUUUUGGAAAUAUGGAGCAAGU